ACCCGAGCAGGAAUGAGAUGCGUUUUACUGGAGGCGGAGAGAUUGGGAGGAGUGAGACCAUCCACCCUCAUCAUCCUCUGCUGCCGUCAAGUCAAGCGAAGCAGAAAAUGCUCCCGGCGGGCGCAGGGUGAACUCAGCCCGGUAAGACCGACGCCGAUGCUCCGGUCCUCGCGAGUCGAGCGAUCGCUCACCUGUGGACAUGUAUCAAGGUGUAACGAUGACCGCAAACCACGGACCCGCGUCUUACGAGCCCGGUUUCCUCCAUAACGCCGCCUCGGCCGCCGCUUCCCCGGUGUACGUGACGCCCACCCGGGUCACCCCGAUGAUCACGGCGCUGCCGUACCUCCAGACGCCGCCGCAGAGCAGCCCGGUGUCCGCGCACUCGGGAUGGGGGCAUGCGGGCGCGGAUACGGUCGCCUCUUACAACUCCACCGGAGGCCAGCAUCACUCCCCGGUCUCCAGGUUCACGUUCUCCACGAGCCCUCCGUUAAGCUCCGGGGUCGCGACGGCGAGUUACUCCAGCCCGCUGAACGUCUCCGCCGGCGGGAGGGAGCACUACGGGUCCCGGGGUCUGAGCGGAUCCUAUCACGGCGGAUACCCGGCUUACGUGAGCCCCAACAUCGGAGGCUCUUGGGCGGCGUCGCACUUUGACGGCUCCGUUCUGCACGGCCUCCAGAGCGGCGGAGCGCCCGGUGCAACGCGACACCCCAAUUUAGAGCUGCUGGAUGAUUUCGCUGAGGGGCGUGAGUGUGUGAACUGCGGGGCGAUGUCCACUCCUCUGUGGCGGCGGGACGGGACGGGUCAUUACCUGUGUAACGCCUGCGGUCUCUACCACAAGAUGAACGGGAUCAACCGGCCGCUCAUCAAACCGCAGAGACGACUGUCUGCGUCCAGACGGGUUGGUUUGUCCUGCACUAACUGUCAGACGACCACAACCACUCUCUGGAGACGUAAUGCAGAAGGAGAGCCGGUCUGCAACGCCUGCGGACUCUACAUGAAACUCCACGGGGUUCCUCGUCCCCUCGCCAUGAAGAAAGAGGGAAUUCAGACCCGCAAACGCAAACCAAAAAACAUCAGCAAGUCCAAACCUGGGUCAUCUGAGGGUCAGACGCCGUCCAGUGCUAUGAACUCCAGUCCCACAGAAGAACCGCGGCCCAUAAAGACGGAGCCGGACACUGCAUCAUUUUACACACACCACAACACAUCGAUGAACACACCGGUCUCUGUGUUUCCGUCUUAUAUGGGAACUCCAAGCUCAAGUUCUGCUCUCAAACUUUCUCCAAGUGGAUCGUCCAGCUCCAAAAGCGAAGUGUGGAACAGCCUGAUUCUGGCAUAAGAAACGCUUUAUAGAUUCCUCCGGUGAAAGCGUCACUCCCUGCAGAGCUCCGAGCAGAAGGACUAGUCUAUCAGGUGCCAGAGCCAGCGAGCUUCAAAGAUGAAAUGAAGAUGCAGAAAUAUCUGUGAUAUGUAGACAAUCAUGGAAAGAUACUGUAUGUACAGUGAGACCUGAGCUGGAUUCACAUCAACAGAUCAGUAGAAAACCCUGGACCUGAUUAUAAACGUGCUGCGAAUCGCAGGAACCACAGAGCCUUCGGUCCCAGAAGAUCACGAGAACAUUAAAUAACCUGAAUGUUCAGCUUGAUGGACUCGUAGCAUGUGCUUUACUCAUCUUUAAGACAUUGGUUUCAUUCAUUUUAAACCAUUUGAGUGGCAUUCAGUUGCUAUAAAAAAUGUGUUAGAGCAAUAGUUCAACCAAAAAUGAAAAUUUGCUCCAUUCGAGAUUAGGAUGAGUUUGUAGAAAUGUGUCUCUGCAUCAGUGUCUCAGCAAUGGAUGCUCUGCAGUGAAUGGGUGCCGUCAGAAUGAGAGUCCAAACAGCUGAUAAAAACAUCACAAUAAUCCACACCUGGUCCAAACUCAUCCUAAUCUUGACGUUUUCAUUUUUGGGUGAACUAUUGCUUUAAAAAAAGGGCCAUAGUGGUGGCAAGUUUGGCACAAACACAACACUUUUCUCAAGAGAAUGUAGUAAUUGUUGUGGUUUGUUGCAACAUUUUUCUCUCUUCAGAAACCAUAUUUAAAUGAAGCCCAUAGCACUCCUGCUGUAUUUUAAUGGAUAAUUCUCUUUUUUCCUUCACACUACAUCUGCAGGGAAACAUUCAUUUUCUUUUUUAUUGUCAUGAUGAACAUUAUUAAUCAUGUCCACGAGCAGAUAAGAACUUGUAAUGUGUUAUUCCUGCUCACAUUUGACCUGUCCUUUGUUUGCAAAGAAAAUUCAGAUUUGUUGCAAUUUAGGUUUUUAUUUGUGAUGGCAUCUAUUGUCCUGACUGUUGAGUCGACCUGAAAUCUUUGCGUUCGCAGCCAGACCCACCAGCAUUAGUUCACCCACUUCCUGUUUAGAAAGCCACUUCCUUGAACCUUUUUAAAAAAUAACCUUCACCACAAAUUUUUACUUCCUUUUCAAAUCUAAGAAAAUCCCCUUUACUGCAGCUGAGCUCCUUUAAAUUUAUCUAAUUUUUAAAUGCAUUCUUAUAUUUAUUUCUAUAUAGAAAACAGGGUUACAGUUUGCCAUCUGACAAACUGCUUGUAAAGUCGAUCUGAAUUUGUGCACCUGAUCUCUCAUUAUAGAUUAAACAUUGUUAACGUUUUUCAUUAGUCUGUAAAGAAAAUAGAAAGUCCACAUGUAAUUCUUUUCUUGUAGCAGCAUUCUAUAAUAUUAAAUGUAUAUAACUGUAUGUAUGCGGAACAACUCACUCCAUGUUUAACUGUUGUUGUGACACACAACAUCUAUGUAAAAAUUAGAUUAAACUGUUUGUAAUUUCA